AUGUCUGGAAUUAUCUGUGGAGGAGAGGUUGCUGUUGAUGAGGCAAUGAUCCCAAUCACAGGGAAGCUGUCCGUAAAACAGUAUAUGAAAGGAAAGCUUUCUCUGUGGGGUAUCAAAAUGUACAUGUUAUGUGGUAAGAGUGGACAAGCCUAUGAUUUUAUUCUUUAUCAGAGAGCAUCGACUGAAUUUCAGACGUCUUUGUUGAAGGAAUUUGGCCGAGGCCCAACAGUAGUUUUACAAUUAGCCCAGAGAAUAAAAAACCAAAUUGGACAUAAGAUAUAUUUUGACAAUUUCUUUUCUUCAUACAAGCUUUUCCAAGUGUUGAAACAAGAAAAAAAUUGUGCUGCUGGAACUGUCAGAGUUAAUCAUUUUGCAAAUCCUACUCUAAUACCAGAUAAGGAGGCAAUGAAGAAGGAAAGAGGAUUUUCAGAAGAAAUUUGUAGUGCAGAUAACAUAACACUGGUAAAAUGGGUUGACAACAAAACAGUUGUUUUAGGCACUAAUUUUACUGGAAAAGGAGAAAUUGACAAAGUUGAGCACUGGGGCAAAAAUAAAAGUAAAUAUAUUACUAUCGAUUUACCAGAGAUUGUAAAAUGCUAA